AUGGAUGAGGACUGCGCCAACCCCCAGCUUCUCGGCUGGGUCAAAGAAUGGCUUGACCAAGCCCGGGAGCGCAACUCCAAGGGAAUCACGACCUAUAGGCGCGCCUACGAUGCUCUGAAAGCGUGCCCCCUCCCAUUUCAGCACCCCUCUGAACUACAGCAGCUCAAGGGGUUCGGUCCCAAGCUCUGCGAGCGGCUGGAGGAGAAGCUCAAGAAGCAUUGCCAGGAAAACGGACUGCCCAUGCCAGAGCAUCCCCGAUUGAGAAAAAAGCGAGCGCAAGAAGCGGAAGACGACGCGCAGCAAGAGGGCAGCAAAACUAAGAAGAAGCGCGCUCCGAAAGCAUACGUGCCGACUCUUCGCUCCGGGCCUUAUGCCUUGAUUCUAGCGCUGGCUACUCUGUCCGAGGACGACUCGACCGGCAUCACCAAGACGCAGCUCAUUGAAAUCGCACAGCCGCAUUGCGAUGCCUCAUUCAGUGCUCCGAGUGACCCUACCAAAUUUUACACGGCAUGGAGCUCGAUGAAGACGUUGCUGCAAAAAGAAAUGGUGUACGAGCGGGGGCGUCCUCUUCGUCGCUAUGCCCUGACGGACGAAGGCUGGGAAGUGGCAAAACGCAUGAAGCAAGCAAAUGGGAUGCAGAACGAAGCACCCGGAAGUAGCAGGAUGCAGGUCGAGCCAUCCGGAAGCAAUACCGUCACAGGAAAUAUCCCAUCACUACCACCUCCUGCAGAGCGAACACCGUCGCUUUCACCAGAGCUGACAAUCAUAUCCGAAGCUCAACAACUCGUCCGCGACACAGUAGUAGAUGGCCCACCAGCAGCCGACGACAGCUCCAUCCCUGAAUUUACGCCUAUUCGGCUCGCGCCCGGUUCCUUUACCGUGCACCUCCUCCUCGACGUGCGCGAAAUCCGCGCCAAGACGGACCGCGACUACAUGCAGGAAGAGCUCGCCAAGCAGGGCAUCAAGGCGCUGAUGCGCAACCUCGAAGUUGGCGACGCCCAGUGGAUCGCCAAGUGCCGCGACCCGUCCGUCCUCGCGCGCCACGGCGCCGAGGGCGACGAGAUCGUCCUCGACUGGAUAGUGGAGCGCAAGCGCCUCGACGACCUCAUCGGCAGCAUCAAGGACGGCCGCUUCCACGAGCAAAAGUUCCGGCUGCAGCGCUGCGGCGCGACGCGCGUCGUCUACAUCAUCGAGGAGAUUGCCAUGGACGCCGCCUCGUACACGCGCUACGACGAGGCCGUGCAGUCGGCCAUUGCCUCGACCCAGGUCGUCAACGGCUACUUUGUCAAGCGCACGGCGAAAAUGGACGACACGAUCAAGUACCUCGCGCGCAUGACGCGCAUGCUCACGGCUCGGUACGAGCGCGCGCCGCUGCACGUCAUCCCGACGCGGGUGCUCACGGCGCGCAACUACGCGCCGCUGCUCGCGCACCUGCGCGCGACGCAGCCCGCCGUCCGCCACUACGUCACGUACGCCGCCUUUGCGUCCCUCGCCUCCAAGUCGGAGACGAUGACGCUCAAGGACGUCUACCUCAAGAUGCUCAUGACGACGCGGCGCGUCACGGGCGAGCGCGCCCUCGAGAUGCAGCGUCGGUGGCCCACGCCCCGCGCCUUGGUCGACGCCUACCGGAGCUGUGGCGACGGCGAGGCCGGCCGGAAGCGAAAGGCGGAUCUGGUCUUUGCCGAGCUGGGCCACCUCGUGGGGAGGAAGAAGUUUAGCAGGAAUCUCAGCCAGAGCAUUGCGGAGAUUUGGGGCGACUAUGUCUGA